UUAAGACUAUUAAGCACAAGUUGCAGUAAUUUAUUUUGUUGUGUACUCUGCGUAUAUGCUGUUCACAUUCUCUGUCCUGAAUUUGGUGAUUCUGUUCUGUCCUGACCAAAGUCUGUUCUUUCAUGUGGCGAUGCCACUUUUCAAGGCAAGAAUGGCAUAGACACUACCAGUGCAAUAAAUACCAGUGUAGUGUAGCAGUUAGCGUGAUGCUAUUACAGCUCAGGGCAUUGGAGUUCAGAGCUCAAUUCCAGUGCCCUCAGUGAGCAAGAUUAUAUGUUCCUUCCCGUUUCUGUGUGGGUUUCCUCCAGCUGAACCAGUUUCGCCCCACACUCCAAGGUUAUACCAGCUAUUAGGUUAAGUGGUCAUUUUAAAUUGUCCCAUGAUUAGGCUGGGGUCACUGGGCGGUGCGGCUCGAAGGGCCAGGGAGGCCUGUUCUACACUGUAUCUCCACCAGUUACAUGGUGCCAUCAUAACCCUCCCCUCGACCAUUCCUGAUGGCAUAACCAUUCUGUUUGCAAAGACUUUAUUGAUCUCUAUAAAGAGGUCUCGUUUCCUUUGGUGCAAAUCUACUUGCUGGGGGAUAUGGUCUUUCUGUAAAUCGUAGUCCACUGCACCUUCAAUUGAACAGCAGCAAUAUUCGCUUUCAACAUUUAUUCCUGAAUCAAAGCAAUUUGACUACUCACAUCACACUGUUUCAAGAAUCACCCCUUGUAAUAAUGAAGAGUGAGGCACAGAGGAUCUGUAUUUACCGACAAUUAACCUUUAUAGUCUAAGCUGAAAGGAACAUGGAUGUGCGUACACCCUUCUGAAAUCCCUGACCCUCCAUGAAUAGUCAAUGAAGAGAAAAGGUAUUACCGGGAGAGGAUUCUACACUGGUCGGGUGUUCCUCAUGGUCCCGAUCUCCACGUGUCUGUGGGGUCCUCCUUAUCCGCGGUGGUUGGUCUCUGGCUGUUGGAGAGUUAUCGCCCCUGCGUAUUUAGAGCUCCUGAGUCUUGUACGGUUCCUCAUCAAUUGAACCACUGGGUCUCCAUCCCAGUGGCUCAAGGUCACCUGACCUACCUGGGUCACCCUCUUACUGGUCAUUGUACAGGGCUACAGCCAACAUCAUUUCAUAGUUCCGCUCACCCCAGCCUUAUAUUUGUGUCUCUCAACUCUGACUGGUCCAAACCAGUUAAAUGAGGCGAACCAGACAUGGAGAUUACAGAUUGCUUCUUUGGGAGGUCUGGCAUUUUACAUAAGUAGAUACUCAUCUGGGAAUGGUCACAGAUUUAGCAGGUAAUCACCUGAGUGAGGUUCCUUGUGCCAAGCACCUGUGCACGCUCCUCCAGAAAAACAGGAUCUCCCAGUGGCCACCCACUUUAAUUCCACUUCCCAUUAUUCUGACAUGUCCAUCCAUGGCCCCCUCUGCUGUUGCAAUGAAGCCACACUCAGGCUGGAGGAGCAAUGCUUUAUAUUCCGUUUGGGUAGCCUCCAACCUGAUGGCAUGAACAUCGAGUUCUCUAACUUCUGGUAAUGCCCCCCCCACCACUUCACCAUUCCCAUCCCAUUUAACCUCUCUCACCCCAUCUCCUUGCCCACCCAUUGCCUCUCUCUCUGGUGCUCCACCUCCUUUUCUUUCUUCCAUGGCCUUCUGUUCUCUCCUAUCAGAAUCUCCCUUCUCCAGCAUUCUGUCUUCUUCACCAAUCAACUUCCCUGCUCUUCACUUCUCCCCUCCCCUCCCAGUUUCACCUAUUAACUUGUGUUUCUCUUCUCCGCCCUCUGACUCCUCAUCUCCUUUUCUCCAGUCCUGCUGAAGGGUCUCAGCCAGAAACAUCGACUGUGCUCUUCUCCAUAGAUCCUGCCUGGGCUGCUGAGUUCCUCCAGCAUUUUCUGUGUGUUGUUCAUAUUUCCAGCAUCUGCAGAUUUUCUGUUGUUUAUAACUGAACCUCUUGACCAUGCCUGCAUGCUUUUGUGCUUUGAGUUGCUGCCACAUGAAUGGCUGACUAGGUAUUUGCAUUAAUGAGCAGGUUUACAGUUUAUCUAAAAGUAAAUGGUCAGCCAGUGUAUCUACAGGUAUAGUGUGAGCACCAGGUGUGCGUACAGGCACAGUGUGGGCACUGGGUGUGCGCAGGUACCAUAUGGGCACCGGGUGUGCGUACAGGUAUAGUGUGAGCACCAGGUGUGCGUACAGGCACAGUGUGGGCACUGGGUGUGCGCAGGUACCAUAUGGGCACCGGGAGUGCGUACAGGCACAGUGUGGGCACCGGGAGUGUGUACAGGCAUAGUGUGGGCACCAGGUGUUCAUACGGGCACAGUGUGGGCACCGGGUGUGCGUACAGGCAUAGUGUGGGCACCAGGUGUUCAUACGGGCACAGUGUGGGCACCGGGUGUGCAUACAGGCACAGUGUGGGUACCAAGUGUUCAUACGGGCACAGUGUGGGCACCGGGUGUGCGUACAGGCACAGUAUGAGCACCAGGUGUUCAUAUGGGCACAGUGUGGGCACCAGGUGUGCGUACAGGCACAGUGUGGGCACCAGGUGUUCAUACGGGCACAGUGUGGGCACCAGGUGUUCAUACGGGCACAGUGUGGGCACCAGGUGUGCGUACAGGCACAGUGUGGGCACCAGGUGUGCGUACAGGCACAGUGUGGGCACCAGGUGUUCAUACGGGCACGGUGUGGGCACCGGGUGUGCGUACAGGCACAGUGUGGGCACCAGGAGUUCGUACAGGCACAGUGUGGGCACCAGGUGUGCGUACAGGCACAGUGUAGGCACCGGGUGUGCGUACAGGCACAGUGUGGGCACCAGGUAUUCAUAUGGGCACAGUGUGGGCACCGGGUGUGCGUACAGGCACAGUGUGGGCACCAGGUGUUCAUACGGGCACAGUGUGGGCACCGGGUGUGUGUACAGGCACAGUGUGGGCACCGGGUGUGUGUACAGGCACAGUGUGGGCACCAGGUGUGCGUACAGGGUCAGUGUGGGCACCGGGUGUUCAUACAGGCACAGUGUGGGCAGCAGGUGUGUAUGGGUACUGUGUGGGCACCGGGUGUGCGUACAGGCACAGUGUGGGCACCAGAUGUUCAUACAGGCACAGUGUGGGCACCAGAUGUUCAUACGGGCACGGUGUGGGCACCAGGUGUGCGUACAGGCACAGUGUGGGCACCAGGUGUGUAUGGGUACAGUGUGGGCACCGGAUGUUCAUACAGGCACAGUGUGGACACAGUUGAAUUCAAACUGAUUUGUGUAGCAAAUAUUUCCCUCCCCCUCCCCCCGAUAGAAACAAGAUCUCUUGAUCAUAUAGCCAUCUGAAGAUUAUACUCAUUUUAACUGUCUUUCUAAGAUUAUAAAUAAUAGAAAGAUAUUGCUUGUUAUUUCCGCUCUCCUGACUGUGCCCCAGGUGUUUCGAUUCAGGCAGAGUCCUCCUGGUCAGCGGUUUGUGAUGCUGGGGUUCUCCAAAUUAAUUGUUUUCAUUGCCUUCU